AUGCGGGAGACCAUCCUCCUGGGCUUCCUGGGCUUGGUCCAGGGGAGGGACUUGCUCCAGGAGCCGGAGAGGUCGAGCUGCUGGAAGGAGGGCCGCGCGCGGUCCCACUGCUGCUACGGCGCCGGCGCUGGCGCGGGGGGUUGCUUUCUGUCCACUGAGGAGCAGGAGGUUUGCUGCGCUUACCGAAGCCUCAACUACGGGCACCUGGGCUUCCCGGGGCUCGAAGGCCUUCCGAAGCACCUUGCUGCACAACUCCGUGGUCUGCUUCGCCGCCGCGUAAGCCGUGGCAGGGCUGCUGCCAUGACGGCCGCGUUGCUCAGAGGAGCCCGGGAUGAGUUGGAGUCUCUAAGGAAUACCAGCCGGCUAAACGGUUUUGGCGGCCGGCUUGCAGAGCUGCCAGACAUGAGCGCGGCGUAUCGAGCUUUCAUGGUGUACUUUGUGGUCUUCCAUGGGCUGCGAAAGAGGCUGAGUUCCGCUAUUCUAUUUGCCCUCGUGAACCGGGAGACGCACCUUUGGUCAGGUUUUCGGGGGGUUUACACGGCGGCCUGGGGUCACAGAGACUUCUGCCGUUGUGUGGAGGCUGGCGAGUUCUUUGCCCGAGCCAAUUCGCAGUUUCUGGAACUCGGCAUAGGUCAGUCCCACUUUCUGCAGGCCUUUCUGAAUGGCACCUCCUGGCAACAUAAUGCUCUCAGUCUACAAGGCUGUGAAAGGAACGAUGACGACAUGGUGCAUCCGAGAGCAAUCCAGCUGAUGGCUGCCUCCUCGCAGUGUGUACCUGGCAAUCUUGCAACCCUUAUCAUCUUGCUUCACUCCUGCAUACUGGAGCAAGACAUGCGCAAAGCGUUUAUGCUGAGCGCGGGAAUCUUCCAGCUCGCGACCUUCGCUGGGGAUUGUGUUGACGCAGCCUACUGGGGAUUCACUGCGCGUGAUGCCAUCCUCCACUAUGCCAGGCUGGUUUGGGAGGUUGGAGCGGGCCGGCCCAGGACGGUUGUGCUCCACCAUACCCUACUGAAGCACAUGGCCUGGAGGAAGGCGUCACUGAAUCGGGCUCCCCGGCUCCCGAACCCAGAGCCACACUCAUGGAAUCAGUGUGGCCCACAUGAACUUGGAGCUUCCACCAUCGGCGGUGCCAUCGUAAGACCAUUGGGUCGCAGCUUCCAGCAUGGACCGUAUGGGCCUCUCUGCACCGAGCUGGGGCGAUUCUGGCUGCAGGCCGAGAUCUUGAAGGACCCUGAGGCGGUUCAGAACCUUCAGACUCAGCGCGUCUUGGCGAUUCUUCCCAUCACGAUGGCGUGGGAGGCAAAUCCCUGGCACCAUCUGCAUUGGUGGCUUCCCGCCUUGUGGUUUUACAAGCUCACGAAGCGGAUCGAUGCUUCGCAGCUGGAGGUGGCCUUGGUCUUUCCCCACGAGGACAUCGACUGGGCCAAAUCCACAGCCAAGGGCCGCAUCUUGGAUGCCAACUUCCGUGGCCACACGGAGCCCGAUCAGUGGUCCCUCUUGGAGACGAAGUGGCCGAAGCUCGCAAAGAAUGUAAGGCACUUUGCUGCUGGGGGCCUCCAUACGGGAGUCCUCAGGUGGCUCUCAUCGCAGCCAGCGCGUCCUCUGCAAGAGUUCCACGGUGAGAGCUACAGCAACGUCGUCCUGGGUCUCCCUUCGAUGCGAUUCUUCCUGCAAACUCCCCAGCUGACCUGCCACCAGAUCUCCGCGGUGAAGCGAUGGGUGCAGUCUUCCUGGUCCUCAGACUCGGGUGCAACUGAGCAGCCAGGCUUGCAGCUGGCCCUGCUGCAAAGGCCUGCUGCGGACGGCAGACAAAUUGAGAACUUUGAUGAGGUACUGCAGUUCGUCCGAAGCAACUUCGCAGAGCUGAAGGUCAAGGUCAUCAACAAUCUUGUGCACGGUGUCCCGUGGGUGGAGCAGUUUCGCAUGUUCACGGGAGUAGAUAUCCUCGUGGCAGCACACGGCGCCGGAAUGGCAUGGCUUUGGGCCAUGCGCGCUGGUGGUGCGGUCAUCGAGCUCAGGAGCCGGAGCUCGCCGGUGUGGCUGCGCUGCUCCGAGGUCUGGAAUGCCGACGGCAGCCAAAUUUUUGGUGGAUUGGCUCGACUGGUUGCUGUUCAUCACAUCUGCGCUCGGCCUCACGACCUUGAAGGAACCGUCACGCAGGCACGAUUGUCCACGAUCGGCGACAUGACAGAGGAGGAUGCAUACAACCACGGCGACAAUGCCGGUUCUGGUAUUUUUGCCGAAGCUGGCGAUGCUUCUGCAAUCGGUUUCUCAGCUGCUUUGGCGAUGGAGCACUCCGAAGCUCCGGACGCCAAGAGGGGAGGAGACCCCGGCUGGGUGACCAAAGGAAAGGCGGAUCCCAGAUUGGAAGCAGUGGCCUUGACCACGCCCCGAGGAGCGGCGCUGAUGCUGGACAUUUCUUGCCUUGAAAACAGUUCCGGCAAACUAGCAUGGGUAGCUUUUGCCCAUCUGAGCCUAAGGUUUGCCUCGGCUUACAACAAUACCACACAGCUGAUCAUUCUCAACGCCUCUGCUGGAACUGUACCUGGUUCAGUGCGCGCCGCACCGCAUGGCCACGCCCACGGUCUUAUCAUCCUGGGCUUCCACAAAUGGCAGACUCCAGAGGGCACAGAGGGCACAGAGGGCAUGACCGAGGACUGGCGCUGGUCCGACAACGGCCUGCAAUACUGCGCUACGGAUAGCUGUGAGUACAAGGGCAACCUUGGAUCGGGCUCCUUCUGGUGCCCUUUGCCACCGGGAGACGACACUGCUGAGCUCCUGAAAUGCGAGUGCGAGCAGUGCCCGUGCCCUGCGGGAAUGGGCGGUUUUCAAUGCGUGAAUUGCGCAACCGACGAAGGUUGUGGAGAGGAUGGCCGGUGUUUGAGGUCCAUGGUGCUGGACAAUUUCCAUGACAAGCAGUUCUCAUGCAGCUUCUCCGAAGAGUUCGAGCGCUCUUCACUAUAUCGCUUGUUCUGGUCUGGUGGCUGGGCCAGCCCGCAGUUCUUUGCGCAGUAUUUCCCUUCGGAGGGCAUCGCGCGCUUGGACAUCAUCAACACCAUGUGCAGCCACCGCCAGCCCAUCCUCAUGCAGUGCGGGUGCACAGAGUGCCGCUCCCUGUACGACGAGAUUGAUGGGCUUACCGGUGAGCAGAGCGGGGCCUGCACUGACAAGAAUGUGCCCAGCCCCUGUGCACGCUGCGAGUUCUGCGAGUGUACGUAUCCGGACGAUUCUUGGUUAUCCUCCAUUACAAGGAUCCUCGUGGAUGGCAUCCGCAACGGUGUGGUGAUGGGUUGUGAGGAUGGGUUGAAUGCCACGGGGAUGUGUCGUACCACUCUGGAUGACCUGCCAACACCAUUUUCCUUUGACUGCCAGACGGGCAUGUGUGUCCCAGACAACUCUACAGAUGAGGUUGUCCUUGCCCGAACAUCGAUUGACCUCUUCGGGCAAUGGACAACAGUGGCCAUACUGGCCCUAGCCCUCCUCGUGGUGCUUUCAUUGUUCGUUCUGAUCUGUGUGGUCCUGGACUGCCUGCGGACGAAGAGGUUGGCGAACGGGGCCUUGCUGGACAUGCCGGGCGCACCUUUGCCUGCCAUCGCUGCAGCACAGGCAGCCCUCGGAGGCUUCGGCAGCACACCGCCAGGUGCGACGCUUGUGUUCAGCUGGCAGGGCGUGAACUGCGCCCGCAAGGACAAGCAGGUCCUGAAGGAUGUGUCUGGCUCAGUGGAGUCCCUCUCCUCGGGCCGGGGUGCGCUGGUAGCCCUUCUGGGGCCUUCCGGAAGUGGGAAGACAACACUCCUCGAGGCGCUGGCUGGUAGGAUGCAGCCAGGGGACACUGCACAGGUCCGCAUCAAUGGCAAGGAGAUGUCGGCAAGAAGCCGACGCCGCCAUGUCUCCUUCGUCUACCAGGAUGAGAUCCUCGGGGCCACGCUCACCGUUCGAGAGGCCCUGGAGUUCUCUGCGGCGCUGCGGUUGCGGUCGCUUAGUGCUGCGAAAAGAGCUGGGCGAGUCUCUUGGGCCCUGAAAAUGCUCAAGCUGGAGGAAGUGGCCAACUCCCGGAUCGGGGACAGCCACAGACGAGGCAUCUCCGGAGGAGAACGCCGGCGUGUGGCUAUAGGUGUGGAGUUGGUAGUAUCGCCUCCGAUCAUGGUGCUGGAUGAGCCCACAACUGGACUUGACGCCAGCUGCGCCUUGAUGCUUGGGCGGGUCAUGGCCCAACUCGCCGAGGGAGGGCGUCUGCUCAUCUGCAGCAUGCAUCAGCCGCGGGCAGAGCUCCUCCAACUCUUCAAUGCUAGGCUCGACUUGGGGCAGUACGGAGACCAGCUGACCAAGACCACAGACCCGUGGCUACAUAAGGAGGAGCAGGAGGACUGGAGCCCAGACAGGUUGAUACCCAACGAGAGGCCUGGUCCGGGCCAAAAUGAAGGCGCUUGGAACGUGGACCCUGUGCUUGUGGCAGAAAUCAAGAAGGUUGUCAGCAAGCAGUCGCUUGCCCAAAGACGCAGCUGCUUUGUCGGCUUUGACGACGACCUCUCCGAUGCUCUGGCGAUUGCCUCCCGCGCCACGGCUGGCGCUGCCCAGGCGAGCCUGGCAUUGCAGGUCUUCCUCCUGUACCAGCGUAGCCUUCGCGAGGCCACCCGUGGCAAUUAUGCGGGCCUUGUAGCCGCUAUUGUCGUCCUGAGCAUCGCAUUCCUGGUUGGCUUCACCUUCAGAAACCUGGACAUGGGCAUUGCCGGAGUCCAGAACCGAUUUGGCUCCAUUUUCUUCACGCAGCUCUUCUUCAGCUUCUUUGGGUUGCAGGCCUGCACUUUGUGGUAUGUUGACCGGGAUCGACUUGAUCGUGAGAGAGCCUCGAAGCUGUACAAUGUGCUGUCGUACUUCCUUGCGAAAGGAUCGGCGUACCUGUGGUGGUACUGCCUUCUUGUGCCUGCCAUGUAUGCUGGCAUCGUGUACUAUCUCAUCGGCUUUCAGGGCAGCAUCUCAAAGAUCGUGACCUUCUACUUGUGCACGGCUGGCACCACCGCUGCUGCAAGCGGAGUGAGUCUGCUGUGCCUCUCGCUCACGAGCUCAUUCGCCAAUGGCAUCUCGCUGGCCGCAAUUUUUCUGACAGUGCUGCAGAUGUAUGCAGGCUUCCUCCAGCGGCGGGAUGCGAUUCCCUGGACUUUCAGGUGGCUGAACGACGUGUCGCCUUUUGCGCACGCGUUUGCUGCGAUGAUCUCCAGCGAGUUCGUGGGCCUGGAGACGACUGUUGAAGCCACGGGUCAUGCAGCUGUGACGGUGGAGGGGAGUAUCUGGCCACAGCAGUUCAACGUGGACCCCACACAAUUGGAGCACAACCUCCAGAUGUUGGGCUUUGUCGCGGGCAGCAUCUGGGUGCUGGCCUUCAUUCCGCUGUGGCUUCGAUGGUACCGUGUAAAGACAUACCACCGCUGCUUCCGGCCGAUUAUGCGAGAGUCGGGCCCCAGCGAUGCCUUGGAACCCCCAUCGUGGGUGAGCACCCGGCAGCAGGGCUCGGCUGCUUUGGUUUGGCAGGAUCUCCAUGCCACUCUUCCCAAUGGAGCCGGGCUUUACGAAGGGAUGAGCGGGCUCGUGCGCACUGGCAGGCCGUUAGCUGUGCUCGGACCCUCCGGUUGUGGCAAAACGACACUCUUGUCCUGUCUUGCUGGGGAGGUCACGAGCACAAAGUGGACUGGGUCGAUUUAUCUCAACAGUCAGAAGAUCGCCAAACGAAAGCUUCGAAGAACUGUCGGGUAUGUGCGACAGGACGAUGCCCUCCAUCCAGAACUGACAGUCCGGGAGGUGAUCUCUUUCGCAGUCGCUCUCCGAAUGCCAAAAGCCAGUCGGAGAACGAGGCAUGAGCGUGUCACUUGGACGCUUAGCCGCCUGGGGUUGGAGGCGGUGGCCAACUCGAAAGUCGGUGGCCACAAGUUCCGUGGCAUCUCGGGCGGCGAGAGGCGGCGCACGGCCGUUGGGGUCGAGCUGGCUGUCGCGCGGGGCGUUCUCGCGCUAGAUGAGCCCACAAGCGGGUUGGACAGCAGCACAGCACUGGCAUUGGGAAGUUUGCUGGCCGAACUGGCGUCGGAAGGCUGCAUCCUGCUUGCCUCCAUGCACCAGCCUUCGCCCGAACUGCUGGCCCACUUCAGCUUCACCCUGGUCCUGGGCUCCCACGGCAGGGUGGCCUACUUCGGGCCCUCCGACCAGCUGCCAACGUACGUCUCACCAUUGCGCAAGCUGAAUCCCGGGGUGAGCAGUGCAUCGGACCUGCUCCUGGAUGUCAUCUCUGGUCCUCAUCAAGACCAGGCAUUCGACGGGUUCCGCCAGACAAAGCACGCCUCUGACCUACACGACGACAUUCAGUCAGUGCUCGUGAUGGCCUCGGAGAGCGACAUGGAGGUCAAGUCUGCAGCAAUGCCUCCUGUUUGGGUGCAACUGAAGCAGCUGCUGCUACGUGAACUUCAGAUUAGCAGGAGCCUAGCUGCAUACACCUACUUUGAGGCAACCAUUGCUGGCGCAUUGCUUGGUGCGACCUAUUUCCAGAUGUCCUUGCGCCUGGCCGGUGUCAUAAGUCGACUGGGCCUCAUCUUUGCCGCGCACUGCACCUUGGGAAUGCAGGCUCUGCAGGGCCUCCUGGCUUGGCGCGAUGGCUACACAAGCUACAGACGGGAACGUGCGGCAGGAUACUACUACACGGGCAGCUAUGUCAUAGCGAAAGUCAUCGUUGAUGCCAUCCUCCUGCGAGUGGGGCCUCCUGCUCUCAUGUGUUUCAUCGUCUAUCUCUUGGCCAGUAUGCAUCCAGGGAGGGAGGCCGUUUGCUGUUUGGGUUUUUGCCUUGCCUCCUUCGUCGCAUCGACUUUCUGCCUCGCAUUGGGAGCUAUAGCUCCAAGGUCGGGAGUGGUAUUGCCCUUGGCAGUGCUGCUAAUCCUGCUCUUCUUGUUGUUUGGUGGACCCUUGCUUGCCUCUGGCGAAGAUGUCCUUCGCAACAUCUCGAUUUUCAGGGCAUCGUUCAAUAUGGUGGCUGCCAACGAGCUCCGAGGGCUCGAUUUCGUGUUUGACCCCGAGGGUGUGGAGACCACGCUGGGCAGCAGGACGGGGGAGGCGUGGAUGAUCGACCUGGGUAUCCAGGACAACCCGGUCGGUGAGGAAGUGGGCUGGCUCCUGGGUUGGUCCUUCUUUUACAUUCUGAUGGCCUGGGUGAUACUGGCGGCGCGAUCGGUCAAUUGUUCCGAUUGUGCCCUUCCACGCUGUGGGCGAAGCAUCAUUCACGCCGAGCAGCCGCAGCAAAAGGAGCUAGGACGUCGUCGUAGCACUGCAAGUGAAUGA